AUGUCCUCUUCUUUGUCCUUCAACCACAUCACAAGCAACAAUAGUGUCUCCAGCAUCAUCAACGCCAUCAACAACAUCACCACCAGCAACACCAAAGCCUCCAUCAACAACAUCACCACCAGCAACACCAAAGCCCCCAUCAACAACAUCACCACCAGCAACACCAAAGCCCCCAUCAACAACAUCACCACCAGCAACACCAAAGCCUCCAUCAACAACAUCACCACCAGCAACACCAAAGCCCCCAUCAACAACAUCACCACCAGCAACACCAAAGCCCCCAUCAACAACAUCACCACCAGCAACACCAAAGCCUCCAUCAACAACAUCACCACCAGCAACACCAAAGCCUCCAUCAACAACAUCACCACCAGCAACACCAAAGCCUCCAUCAACAACAUCACCACCAGCAACACCAAAGCCUCCAUCAACAACAUCACCACCAGCAACACCAAAGCCCCCAUCAACAACAUCACCACCAGCAACACCAAAGCCUCCAUCAACAACAUCACCACCAGCAACACCAAAGCCUCCAUCAACAACAUCACCACCAGCAACACCAAAGCCUCCAUCAACAACAUCACCACCAGCAACACCAAAGCCUCCAUCAACAACAUCACCACCAGCAACACCAAAGCCUCCAUCAACAACAUCACCAACAGCAACAACAAAGCCUCCAACAACAAAACCUCCAAAUGGCUGUGACUCAAGCCCGUGUAUGGAUGGAAGCACCUGCGAGCCUCGUUCCGGUAUGGAGUUUGUGUGUUUGUGUCUGGCGGGUGAUGACUACGAUUAUACCACCAACGUUUGUGAGAAGG